GGCACUUACUCCAGAGAAGAAGCACACUUAACCUCUAACCUCAACAUGGCGACGUCCUGCAAACAUGAAUGUGAAGCUCAUAUUAAAGCGUGAAUGUUUAUACCGGCUGAACAUAUUUAGUCGAGAGCUAGGCAGAAAUAGACAUAGUGUCACAACUCUAUUUUAUUUAAUGGUGUUUACUAACAGCUAGUUUGUUCAACCCUGAGCCGCUGGCUAUCAUGCAACUUUUACUGAGACCUCUUAGUAAUGUUUUAUUGUUUGCUGGACAAAAUGUUAAGAUAUGCAGAAUAAAGAGAAGAUGUCAGGGUUAUACAGAAGCCUGCACUUUAAUCAGACACAGAUGGAUAAAGACGGGUUGUGUGUCAAAUACACACUGUGUGAGGGAGUUCAGCUCCUCAGCUCAGAAGCAGAACAUCGACAUGUCCCAGUUCCCUGUGGACAAGAUAAGAAACUUCAGCAUCAUCGCUCAUAUUGACCAUGGGAAAAGCACCCUCGCUGACAGACUGUUGGAGAUGACAGGUGCCAUUGCAAAGACGGAGCGGAAUAAGCAGGUGCUGGACAAACUGCAGGUGGAGAGAGAGAGAGGAAUCACAGUAAAGGCUCAGACUGCCUCUCUGUUCUAUAAGCAUGAGGGACAGACUUAUCUACUCAAUCUCAUCGACACACCGGGUCAUGUUGACUUCAGCUAUGAGGUGUCACGCUCCAUAUCAGCCUGCCAAGGAGUUCUGCUCAUAGUGGAUGCAAAUGAGGGAAUACAGGCUCAAACUGUAGCAAACUUCUACUUGGCAUUUGAAGCUCAGUUAACCAUCAUACCAGUUAUAAAUAAAAUUGAUUUGAAAAAUGCAGAUCCUGACAGAGUGGAAAAGCAAAUUGAAAAGAUGUUUGACAUUCCAAGUGAGGAGUGUAUCAGGAUUUCUGCAAAAUUAGGCACAAAUGUGGACAGAGUUCUUGAAGAGGUAGUGAAGAGAAUACCUCCACCCACAGCUAAGCUAGAGGAAGCAUUUAAAGCCCUGGUCUUUGACUCGACUUUUGACCACUACAGAGGAGUAGUAGCCAAUAUUGCCUUGUUUAGUGGACAGGUCUGCAAGGGGGACAAAAUUGUCUCAGCCCACCUGGGAAAGACAUAUGAGGUCAAUGAACUGGGGGUUUUGAGGCCAGAUGAACAACCCACGGAGAGACUCUAUGCAGGACAGGUGGGUUAUGUGAUAGCUGGCAUGAAGGAAGUGAAGGACGCUCAGAUUGGAGACACAUUCUAUCUCCAAAAGCAGCCAGUGGAGGCACUGCCUGGCUUUAAACCUGCUAAGUCCAUGGUUUUUGCAGGUAUAUACCCUACAGAUCAGUCAGAGUAUCCUUCUCUGCGUAGCGCGGUGGAGAAGCUAACUCUGAAUGACUCCAGCGUGAUGGUGCAGAGAGACAGCAGUCUGGCUUUGGGGGCUGGCUGGAGGCUGGGUUUUCUGGGUUUGUUGCACAUGGAGGUCUUUAACCAGCGUUUGGAGCAGGAGUAUAAUGCCUCUGUUAUAGUCACAGCUCCAACAGUGCCAUACAAAGCUAUCCUGGCCUCGCCCAAACUCAUAAAGGAGUAUGGGCAGGAGGUAGUGACCAUUGUAAACCCAACCCAAUUCCCUGAGAAGUCUUGUGUGGUGGAAUACCAGGAGCCCAUGGUACUGGGAACUAUCAUCAGCCCUGAUGACUUUACUGGGAAGAUCAUGAGCCUCUGUCAGAGCCGCAGAGCUAUUCAGAAGAACAUGGUUUACAUCGAUGACCACCGAGUGAUGAUGCAGUACCUGUUCCCUCUAAACGAAAUUGUGGUAGAUUUUUACGACGAGCUUAAAUCCAUGUCAUCAGGAUAUGCUAGCUUUGACUACGAGGAUGCUGGCUAUGAACCAGCUGAACUGAUUAAGAUUGAUUUCCUGCUCAAUGGGAAACCAGUGGAAGAACUCACCACUAUUGUUCACAAAGACCGGGCCUAUAACACAGGGAAGGCCAUGUGUGUGAGGCUGAAGGAAUCCAUCCCCAGGCAGAUGUUUGAGAUUGCUGUACAGGCAGCCAUCGGGAGCAAAAUCAUCGCCAGGGAAACAAUCAAAGCAUACAGAAAGAAUGUCCUAGCAAAAUGUUAUGGUGGCGAUAUCACACGAAAAAUGAAGCUGUUGAAAAAACAAGCGGAAGGCAAGAAGAAAAUGAGGCGCAUCGGAAAUAUUGAGGUCCCAAAAGACGCCUUCAUUAACGUACUGAAAAGGAAGUAGAAACUACAAGAAAAAUGUGUCAUGCUACAUACUGAGGCUGUAUUCAAAGGCAGAAAUCUGAAUCAGAUCAUCCAAAUCAAAUCUGAGGUGCCUGCAUAUGGCUGAUUUUUCAAGGCAGCAUCCUGUGCUGUCCUACAUAUUCCAUAAUCCAGUGUGCCAACAGCCUGUAAACAAAAUGACAUCUGACUUGGACCACCCCAAUCAUACCACUCAAUUUGCAGAACACAAGGGGGCCCCCCUGUGAAAACCAUGGUAACAAGUCGUGGUAACAGCCAUGGCCUCACGCUCCCUUAUUGGACUAGAUAUAUUUAGUGAAUGUACUAAAAAUUACCUGACAAACAAGAGGUUUCAGACAAAAGUCCUUCAUCAGCUGUGCAAUAUAAACAUUUUUAUUUUAAAAAAAUGUAUAGAUUCCCUGGUGGCUCAGGGGCACGAAGUGACUGCUUAUACUGCUGAAAGAUAAAACUAUUCCUGUAAAAAUCA